AUAAAGUAACAAUUCUUUAUUUCUUUGAUUGUCCUUCAUUAUGAAUCUUAGUUUUAAAAUCACAUUUGCGUUCUCUUUGUGUUUGCUUCACAUCAUCAUCAAUAAAUGAAUUGCUAAAUAUUUAUUGUCUGCGUGCGGAUUCCAAAUCUUUACACUAUUUUCCAUCUAAUUAUUUUGUAUGAUGUUUUGCAGGAUGCCAGGACAAAGACUAUCAAUCCGAGAUAACGCCGCUGUCGGACGUUUUCAUGGUGUUUCUGCCAGCAAUGGCCAGGCCAUCUCAGAGAAACACAGCGGGUCCAUCGUGAGGAAAGAGAGCGGAUGCUGGCACUGGUUUCAGAGAGCUUGUCCAUGUUGUGUCAGGAGACAGAGCAGCUCGAAUGAUGUGAGCGGUGACGUGGAUGGUGUGGCUCCCGGGGACGUAGAGAAAGAAAGACCGACUCCACCGACUCUCAACGGAGAUACAGAGCUGGACGAGUUGACUCUAGCAGUGCGCUCUGUCGAUCUGCUGAGUGAGAAAUCAGAUCAGAACAAGACGGAGCAUCACACGGAUCAAUACAGCAGUGACCAGCUCAUCAUCCGCAGAGGACAGACCUUUCAAAUAGAGCUCGACCUCUCACGACCUUUCAACCCAAACACAGAUAAACUUCACCUGGAAAUGAAGACGGGGUCGCUCCCGCAGGUGUCGAAGAAGACACACAUCAUCAUACCGCUGGUGGACGAGCUCCAGGAUGAACGCUGGGAGGCAAAGAUGGUGGAGCAGAAGGACAACAGGGUGAGGCUUUCUGUCAACUCCCCCGUCACUGCUGUUAUCGGGAAGUACAAGCUGACCAUCACAACACAAAACCUGAAGACGGGCGAAACUACCACGCAUGACCACGACAAAGACAUCUACAUGCUCUUCAAUCCCUGGUGUGAAGAGGACACGGUGUACAUGGAGGGGGAGAAAGAGCUGAAGGAGUACGUCUUAAAUGACACUGGGAGAAUCUACUAUGGCACUGAGAAGCAGAUUGGAGCUCGUACGUGGAACUUCGGCCAGUUUGAUGAAGGGAUUCUGGAGGCCUGUCUGUUUGUGCUGGAUAACAGCGAUGUUCCUCCCUCGGGACGAGGAGAUCCUGUCAGUGUGGUCCGAGUCAUUUCUGCCAUGAUCAAUUCUCCGGAUGACCUUGGUGUUCUGGAGGGAAACUGGUCGGGGGAUUAUGCUGGCGGGACGUCUCCCACGGCCUGGAGUGGAAGUGUUGAAAUCCUCCGGCAGUACCACAGAGAAAGAGGGACGCCCGUCAAAUACGGCCAGUGCUGGGUGUUUUCUGGGGUCACGACCACAGUAUUGAGAUGUUUAGGUAUUCCUACCCGUUCUGUAACUAAUUUCCAGUCUGCACAUGACACGGAUGUGUCCUUGACAACAGAUGUGUAUUUAGAUGAGAAUAUGGAACCAAUCAAUCAUCUCAACUCGGACUCUGUGUGGAACUUCCAUGUGUGGAACGACUGCUGGAUGGCCCGUCCGGAUCUGCCUCCUGGUUUGGGCGGCUGGCAGGCCGUGGACUCCACACCUCAGGAGACCAGUUAUGGGACGUUCCGCUGUGGCCCAGCGUCACUGGCCGCUAUUCGCUCCGGACAGGUCUACCUUAAAUUUGACACCCCUUUCGUCUUUGCUGAGGUGAACAGUGAUAAGAUCUACUGGCAGAGGAACCUGGAUGGCACCUUCAAGCAGAUCCACAGUGACAAGAAAGCAGUCGGCCACUGCAUCAGCACUAAAGCUGUGGGCUCGGACGAACGUGUCGACAUCACACACCUUUACAAAUAUCCUGAAGGUUCAGAAGAGGAGCGUAUCGCAGUGGAAACCGCCUGUCGCUACGGCUCUAAACCCAACGUCUACUCCAGUCCCAUUGCUGAUGAUGUGCAGGUGGAGGUGAAGAUGGAGGGAGAAGGUCCACGCAUGGGAGGAGACGCUCAGCUGAAGAUCGUGGUGAAGAACAGCAGCUCUCAGCCGCGCAGAACCACCCUCCACAGCCAGGUGGCAGUCAUGUACUACACCGGCGUCCUGAAGGACACCGUGAAGAAGGACACGCUUAAUGUGGAGCUGAACCCACAGGAAGAGAAGACUCUUGACUGGGUGCUGCCAUACACACAGUAUCAGGAUCAGCUGGUGGACCAGGCCGCACUCAUGCUGACUCUGUCAGGACGGGUCACUGAGACCCAGCAGGUUUUGGCCAAUCAGACCAGCUUUAGGCUCCGAACACCUGAUCUCCACAUCGAGUCUAUCGGAGAGGCAUAUGUGGGCAAGGAGACAUCUGCGAAGAUCACAUUCACAAAUCCUCUUCCUUGUACUCUGCGUGAUGUGGUCAUCCGAGUGGAAGGACUCGGGCUGAGAGACCUCCAUCCCAUCAAAGUGGGUGAUGUGGGCAAACAUGCCAAUGUGACGGUGACGGAGCACUUCGUCCCCUUGAUAGCAGGCAAGAGGAAGCUGGUGGCGUCUCUGGACUGCAGACAGCUGUCACAGGUGCACGGUGUGACCGACAUCGACGUUCACGAGAGCCAGUGAAUUCACUCACACUAUCAGCAUCAUCAGUAACUGCACAUAUAAGUACUUUACAUUGAGCCAUGUGGUUAUCUCUUCAAGAAAUAACCCUCUUUUUCACAUAAAAUAGUUCCUACUGUAUGUCCCUAAUCUGAAGUUUGUUUUGAAUUCAUUUUAGACAUAAUUUAUUUAAAAAACUGUAUUGCUUUGAUUUAUUGUGUCUAUUAAAUGUUACUUUAGUUUAGUUGAUCAAAUGGAUCUGUUCAAUGCUGAAAAAGUAAGCUGAUAUAUAAACCUGUAUUAAAAUUUUAUGUGAUGACUGAUAACCUAAAAAUAUAUAUAUUUUAUUGUGGAUAAACAUAUGUAGCUCAUGCAUUUAGUUUCUAUGCAGGUGUAGUGCCUUAUAUUGCAUACUGUUCACAAUGAUGACUAUUAUUGACUCAUUUAAUGUUCCUUUGAGUAAAUGAUUAAUAUUAAUAAUGAUUUCAUAUUGAGCUGCAUUGGUCUGAUGCAUAAUGCUGUUGUAUCCUCACAUCAUUUUGCUAUUACAAAAACUGGGAACCUUCAACUAUGAAAAUGUAUGAAGACACUAACACUUUAUUUACACCUGCUCUAACUUGUUUCUUGAUGUGGUUUAAAUAAUUAAACCUACUUUCCAUUUCUAGUAUGAACAAGUCAGAAACAUGGUCAGGUAUUUAUAUUUAUAUAUAUAAAAUAUCUCAAAAAGCAAAAUACUGGAUCUAGCCCCUCAUAGUGUUACUUAAUUGUAAUCAGAGGAGGAAUGCGAACAUCUCUCAAAAACAAAGUCGGGUCUAGUCUAGGUUCUGAUAAGACAAGCUCAAGAUCACGUUUAUUCUAAUCAACGUCAUACAGUAAUGCACCACUCUAGAUUUAUUUUUAAUUUAAGCUUUUAUUCUAACAAGUGGCUUAAUGAGCAAUAGUACGGCUUCAGAGGUUGACUCUUUUACUCACAAGUCGGUUUUUACAGCCUCAUUUGUGUUUACAAUCACGCUCUUGCAAACUCGUUUAUUUCUAACUCAAACUUUCGUGGAAAAAGUUAAAGUCACGUGACCGUGGUGCAUAAGCUUCGGGAUUCACAAAAGUUGUGUUCAUUUUUAAAGAUUGUCAUGAUAAACAACAUUAAAAGGGAUAGUUAAAAUACUAUAUCAUAAUAAUAUAUAAUGAAAUAAAACUAUGUUUAUGCGUUUAUAAAUAUAUACAUAAAAAA